CCGAGGCCGAAUAGGCUGACAAACCCUGCCACGGCGUGCGUCUUCCAAGUGAAUCGAAUCGAUCUGGCGUUGCUGCGUUGGGACCCACCCGAUAUCCCCGGUGUAAGUAGUGGGUCGACUGCGUAUAUAACUGAGAUCUUGCAGCUGGUCAUGGCAUCGACUCGUCCGACGAUAGACAUCGGACCAUCGAACACCUCAGCGCUCGAAUCGCCCAAACUUUAGCGUCAACAUGUACACGGGAAGCUGCUUCUGCCGCGCCGUACGCUAUUGCUACGAUGGCGAGCUCGCGCCUACUGCCCUCUGCCACUGCCUCGACUGCCGCAAGAUCAGCGGCGGCGCCUUCAGUGUCAACCUCGUCGUCCCGAGCGACACCCUCCGCAUCACCUCUGGCGCGCCAAAGACCUAUACCUGCGUGGGCGGCUCGGGGAAGAAGGUCGUGAACACGUUCUGCGGGGACUGCGGCUCGACGCUGUGGCGGGAGAUGGAUCUGAAUCCGGGGAGGAGGGUGCUGAAGGUGGGGACGUUGGACGAUGCGGGGGCGUUGCAUAAGUUGAAGCCGGGGGCAGAGUUGUUUACGAAGAGGAGGGCGGAGUGGUUGACGGAGCAGCCGGGGUCGGUGCAGAAGGAGGCGUUGUAAUUUCGUAGACACUCCAAGUAAAAGCCUAUGAUGAAACAAUCAGAGAACCUUGGACAUCAGGGCUACUACGCGCU